AUGGCGAGGAAAGUACAAAUCUGGAAGUUUGAAGAGGAAACAAAAAAGGAGGAGGAACAAUUGACUCGAUCACAGCGAGGUGCUCUUGACAGGUUCUUUGUCAGAGAACAUCCAACUAUUUCAACUAAAGAUUUAGUUGAUGAAGAUGAUAACAAUGAUAAUAAGGAAUUGAUUGAAGAUGAGGGACUUGAUGAAAAUCACGGUGAUGAUCCAAGUCCUAAUGAGAAUGAUGGCAAUGCAAAUGUUGAUGAUAUGAAUCACAAUGAGAAUGGUGACACCGAAUCUGAUGAAGAAGGGCUUAAUGAGAAUUUGGAUGCAGUUCUUAAUGACUUAAUUGAGGAACCAAGUGAGCAAGUUCUAGGGAACCUUUAUGAUCCUAGAGUUUGGGGUAGUCUGGAUGAUAAAUGGAGAGAUCUGUUAGCUGUAAAAGGUCCUGUAAGAUACCUGUCGAUAAAAAAAGGUCCUAAAGAUAGAUUGAAUAAACGCUUUACUUCAGGAUUAUACACUCGACACAUACAUAAUAGAGAGACAUCUGAUAGGAUGUGA